AUGGCCCCAUUCACCCCGUCAGGCAGGACGAUCCCCUUUGAACUCCUCGACCUCGUGAUCAGCAACUAUACCCCAGAAGACGGCCCCACGCUCGCCCGAGUCGCGGGCACCUGCCGAGCGGCGCACGACUUGGCCAUACCAAUACUCUACUCCCACAUCCACCUGCACUCGGACCGGCAGCUCGAGCGGCUGUACCAGAACCUAUCUGUCACGGACCCACUGGACCCUGCUCCGUCUCCGGAAUGUGAGGUCGCUGUCCCCAUGAUCAAGUACUGGGAGCCAGAGGAGCCAACUGGCGUCGGAGCUCGCAAACUUCUCAACCUCUCAAAAGCACGAUACAUCACACUGCACUACAUCCCGAGUCUAGAAGCUGCCUCCUCGCUGGAUAAUGCUGUUAUCCAAGUGCUUGGCCCACCUCCGUUUGGGAUUCGGAGGGCCCAGCUGACGACACUCAAUGACGUUCAGGGCGUCUGCCUGGGCGCAGGCUUUGUCAGGCGUCUGUGUGAAAUUGCGACUAGCGACAACGACUCGCCACGCGACGAUAGCUCGCUCAGUGUCGAAGAAAACUACAGUCCGAGCGAGUCACAGCAUGAGUACCCGUUUAACAGCGGCCGCAACGGCACCCCAGAAUCACUUCAAGGACUACGAAAGCUUUCUCGGCGGUUGUACGACACUCCCCAGCGGUGCUGGAACCUCGAUGACCUUCCAGACGGGAUGAGUAACGAGCUCAAACUGAAAGUCAAGGGCAUAUGGGCCUACAGCCGCCUCUGGGGGGGCUACAGUUAUUGUUUCAACAGCCACUCUACGUUCCCUGGGGCGUCGCUAUCACCGUGGACGACGACCAUGGCCCAAUGGCGGCACUACAUUCACGUAGACAUGGAUGCCCCCCUGCCGACAUCCGACCUGGUCAUCGACGGCCAGGUGAUGGAGCGCCUCCCAGACGACGACAUGCUCGAUGCCCUCGCACUCGAUAUUUACAGUAUCUCGUUGGACCUGUUCUCCACCAUCGUAUGGGGCGACAAACCGCGUCGGCGGGACUUCAUCCUGUCGGGGAUCUCUGUCCAGCAGGUGCGCGAGCUGGAGCAGAAGUUUGUCGCCCUUGUUCGUGACGAAUUCGAUUACUCCCACCGUCUUAUUGUAAAGCCGAUCAAGGGGUACGAGGUCGACCCCGAUGGGAAUGACGGGGAGGACCUGCGGUACAACCGCUGUGGUCCUGGCGACCGCGACUAUGCCGUGCGCGAGCACCAGAAGCGCGUGCUCAUGUUUGACUUUUACCACGCGAGCGAGAUGCGGCGGUGCUUGACGUGUGGAAAGGGUGGAGAGAAGGAGAAUAUAGAGCACACGGAAGAGUGGUUAGGGUUCGGCUGUAGAUAG